UGACCAACAUGAGCACACGUGAGGCAGCACCAGUAGGGUCGUGAUGGGAUAGGCCCGCCCACCGCGGCCCUCGGCCAAUCAGCGGCGAGCAGCCUGGGCGGGAGUGCGCAGAGGCCGUGCGCAGACGUGGCCGCUGCUUGCCGCCGCGCGAAGGCCGCAGGUCUCAGUGCACAGCCGGCAGCCGGCGCGCCAGGCCACCACCAGCGCUGCUCGCCUCGCUCCGACCCCGUCAAUCCGAGCGCUUCACCUCGGAGGACUCGGUCUGUGUGGCGAGGGGACCGCGGGGUCACCGACUCGGGCGCGACUUGAUUGGAUCAAAUCUCGUCCAAUCAAGAGCCGCGAGGCCAUGUCCGGCAACUGGACGACUCCCCCGCACCUGGCGCCCGCCAGCCAGGCGCUCAUCAGCGUGCUGUACGCCGUCGGCAUCCUCGCCAACACAGCGGCGCUGGCCAUCCUCUGCUCGGGCCGCAAGUACCGCAACCACAAGCACACGCUCAUGCUGCGCUUCCUGACGGGCAACGACCUGGUGGCGCUGGCGGGCAUGCUCGUGCAGAUGUACCUGCAGCUGCACGGCGUGGCUGGCGGCCGCCCGCUCUGCAUCUUCCGCGUCGUGUGGCGCUUCUUCGGCUUCAGCUCGGGCUGCGUGGCCAUCGUCAUGGCCGUGGAGCGCUGGCUGGCGCUCACGCACCCCUUCGUCUACCAGAAGCACGUGACGCCGGCGGUCAUCAAGCGAGGCAUCUUCGGGCUGUGGCUGCUGGCGCUGCUGCUGGUGUGUCUGCCCUUCGCGGGGUUCGGCCUGUACUACCGGCCCGCGCCGGCGGACAGGUGCGAGCGCUACAAGGACGCGACCAGCCCCGUGGACCGCGCCUACGCCUUCCUCUUCUGCGCCGUGGGGAUGCUGAUGGUGGUGUGCCUGGUGCUGUGCAACGUGUCUGUGAUCCGCGCGCUGUGCCGCAUGGGCCUGCGGGGGCGGCACGGCGGCGGCGAGGUGCUGGGGCGGCGCAUCAGCCGCUCGUCCAGCCGCUCCGGCGGCUCGCGCACCGCCGUCGCCGCCCCCGCCGCCCCCGCCGCCGCCGGCAGCCUCUGCUACAACUCGUCCACGCGCGAGGAGCUGACCUUCGCGCGCCUCAUGGGCCUCAUCUGCGUCGUCUUCGUGGUGUGCUGGCUGCCGCAGAUGGUGAGCAUCCUGCUGGCGCAGUUCCUGCGCGGCACGGCCUUCACGCGCAGCUUCGGGCGGCUGGCGGACAUCCUGCUGUCGCUGCACUACACGCUCAACCCCUUCAUCUACGUGCUGCUGAGCUGCCGCGGCCAGCCCUGCCUGCCUGGUCUGCUGAAGCUGCUGUGUCGCAGCUGCCGGCGGCGCAGCGGGGCCUCGCCCUCCGCGCCCGGGUCGCUGGCCAUGACGGAGCACGAGCAGCUCGAGUCCACCGAGGCCACUUCGGGCCCGGGGGUCACCUCGUCGCUCAUCUGAGCCGCGCCUGUGGCUCCGCGAAUCUCAGUCUCUUGUACCUUUUCAGUUUCAUAUUUACAACUAGUGACUGUUCUGUACCACUCACGUCAUCAUUAACAAUCCCGAGUAGAAUCACUUAGACCCCAAUACGCAUGCCGUUUUAUAUUCUAUAUAUUUAUACCUCUCUCAAUAGCAAUUUUGAAGGUUUGAGCAGUUUCAGAAAUAAACGUCUAGAAAAUCACAUUGAAUAGGUAACUCAAGGGCUACACAUGCAUGUGUUGGAAAUUUUCUACACUGAAAUAGUUUUUCAGAGAAAAUAGGCCCCAAAUUGGGGUUUCUCCUAGGACAAUAUAGUCAUUCUCAAAACAUUUCAGUAAUAGACUGAAUCUUAUUGCCAUUGGUUAGAUUUGGGCUGCCAUAAUGAAACGUCCUUCCUUUUUCCAUCUGCAUACUACAAUACUAAAACACCUAUUAUAUACAUAUAUGUUACCAAGGCAGCUAAAGCUUUCGGUUAGUAUCCUAUCAAUUGACCUACACGCAUUUACUAGGAAGAAAAAAAAUUAUUUUGUUUGUCACGUGAACUGCUUAAUGAGCUAUUCAAAGUAUAAAAACCUAAAUAUGUUUUUAUAUGUUGUUUAUUGGAACAAAUGUAGUUACUAAUUAAAUUCUUACUGAUACAUCUCUAUGGACACUUCAGUUAAGUGAAUUUACUUACGUUAGAAAUACAAAAGUGAUUUUGAAAACAUCUUGAAUCGAAAAAUUGCACUUAUACCAUGUUACAGAAUUCAAUCAUUAAAAAUUCAUCACUGUCUACAAGUUAGAAAACUCACUGCAUUCCUCUUAAAAGCAAGUAUAACCAGAAACAUUUUUGCUAAUUGAUCCUUACUACUUCGUAGAAGCCAAAAAACAGCUUCCAGCAUUUGGGCAUUUCUAUAGAAUUGCAAUCUCACACAUUUCCCGUAGCUAAAACAAACAAUUUCUUAUCAUAGGUACUCUUAGCUCAUAAUUUAUUUUUUCACUUUUAUAUGGUGUUUUGGGGAAAAUAUAUCAUGUGACUGAACAAUGUUAAGUCAAGAGUAUAGUAAAACAGUCAAAUUAAGUGAAUUAUGAUUUAUUCGUAAAUCACAACAAUAAAUCUACCUCAUCUUUAUAAUGAUUUAGCUUAGUCUCGCUUAGUUUAGAAAUUAAUAUUUUUAGCAUUUAUUGAAUAUGUCUUCAAAAAAUAUACAGCAGUUUGCACAGCUAGUCAUAUAUUAACUUGAUUACGUAAGUGCAAAGGCUACAUGAAGUUACUGGUACUUUGUCACAAUGGUCGUAAUCAUGCAUUUCUUGUUAUGUCUUCCACAUUUUUUUAUUCAAAGCAUUAUAAUAAUAUUCUAUUUUGCAGGGUUUUUUCAGGCUGAUACUGGUUAUUGAUAAAUACUAAUUAAUUUCAUUUUACAGGUAUCAUUAAGUUAAGUAGCUUAAUCAAGUAAACAUUGAUUUGCCAUAAAAACAAUAAUUGUGAUAUUUCGCACACAUUCUUUGUGACAAACGUUGGAAAUUUUGUACAAAAUUAUACUUUCGUCAAUGUUAUCUUUUACACUGCUGGCUUAAAACUUAUAAAUAUAUGUUAUAAAGCUGUUGCAUGCAUUACAAAACAAUACUUACAAAUGUAGAAAAUGUCGCUAGAUUUUUGAUUAUCACUUUGUUCAAAAUUAAAUUUACAUCUUUUGAAGAAUCUGGUUUUUUUAAUUUUUAUUCAGCAUUAGUUGUACUACUUAUAUUAAUUUUUUUUUUUUUAAUUUUAACAUGAAAAAUAAAAUAAUAUGAAGCAUAGUGAAGGGGGUGUGUGUGAGAAGCUACAUUCACAUGAUUCAAGCAUGAUUUGUAAAUGUUGUACAUAGAACAACAAAUUAUUUUUACCAGAAACAGGAAAGAAUCGGUAUAAAACAUUAAUUAUUGUGGUUAAAAGCACACUAAUAACGUUAUAUAACAUUUUCUCACAAUUUACAACAAAAAAAAAAUUUGUAUGUGAAUGCUGCAAAUGACUCAAGCAAUUGUUUUACUGUUAUCAAACCCAUAUAUUUUCAUGUAUUUAUUAACAACAUGUAAAAUAAUUAUUUGUGAGCAAAUGUUUUUAGUUAAAACAUAUGUACGAGUUUAAUUAAUACUGACAAUGAUUUUUUGAAGAUUGUAAUUUGUAUUUUUCUAUGUAUUAACCAUAAUUUUACAGUAGGUAUGUUUAUAAUAAUAUGUGCAGUGACUUGUUUUUCAGUUAAAAUGUUUUAGUGUAACAGAUUCCAUUACAUCAGUUCAGCAGGAUACUAAAAUAAAACUUCUGAUUAAUUUGUUGGUUCCAUUCCAGGUGAAACUGUGUUCAACUCUACAUUCAUAAAGAUAUAGGUAUUACGUGUCGAUUAUAAAACCAGUAUAUAUUCAAUUAUAAUUUUAAAAAAUAUAUAUAUAAAAUAACCACAUAAAACAGACAUUUAAAAAAGUUUUAUUCACAGUGUUGUGUAAUGACCUGAUACCAGGUACUUGUUUUUUUUUUUAAAUUACAAUUGAAAAAAAAAUACAUAAUUUUAAAAUAAUAUGAAUAAAUUGUGAUACAACUACGUAUGUGGUUAUUAAGUUGGGCCUGAUGUCACUACAAUUUAUUUUUCAUUUUCUUGUUAGUUAAAAGCUAUUUCUGUAAAUUAACAUUAUGCCCCUUACAUUUGUCCAGGGACCGGAAAGUUACUUUUAAAAAGUAACUCAGUUACAGUUACAAAUACUCCAUUGGAAAUGUAACCCUGUUACAACUACAAGUUACACUACUGAAAAUAAACCAGUUACAGUUACAGUUCUGAGAAAAGUAACUGUAAGUUACUUUAACAGUUACUUUGUGAAAAACUAAAAAUGUGAUACGUUAAAAUUGUUAUAAUUAAAAGCUAAUAAAACAUAUUGUGUUUAGUAAAGAUAUAUGUUUCUUUCAACUGAAAAAAUUUAAAUAGGUCUUAAAUUACAUUGAGUAAUUAGUUCACACUACAAAAUUGUUCGCAGCACCACACAAUAAGCACUUCACAAUAAGGUUAUUUUUAUUACUCGACCAAACUUUGAAAAACUUAGAAUAUGAAGGCCACGGCAACGAAAAUUCUGGACUGCUUUCUGGGCUUCUCGCUUCAUUAGAUUAUGUCAUUGCUUUCGCGCAUGUGCACAGGUAGGUUAAUUAAUUAAACAGCACAGCAGUAAACCCGCAUGUCGCAAAUAUUAAAUAAAUGACAAUAAAAAUACGAGCGCAGGCUAGCCAACAGCAGUUUUACAAGUACAAGCAAUAACAUUGCAAAUAAUAUGCUUGUCGGGAUUUUCGCUCUGGGAUUGAAAAAAUCAACAAAUCGUUGUUUGUUCAAUAAGAAAUACAUUUAAAAAAUGUAACGCAAGAAGUAACGACAAUUAUCGUUACUUUAAGGCAGAAAAAUGUAAUUCAGUUACAGUUACAGUUACUGAAAACUUAAUAUAUUGCGUUACCACGAUCGUUACCAUAAAAAGUAACUGUUACAAAUAACGUCGUUACUAGUAGCGCGUUACUUCCAGUCCCUGCAUUUGUUGUUAUGUCACAAAUAUUGUCAAGAGAUGUUAACUAAGUAUGAUAUAAUUGCUGUAAACAGUCGCGUAAGUAAUAAAUAAUAAAAUUUGCAUGGCUUUUUACACCCAUUAUACAUAUAACAUACAGGAAUUAUCUGCUGACACAAUGAAAAAAAAAUUUAAGAGAGUCAUAGUGUUAAAUUUACAUAAAUAGCCCUUAACUAAAAUUAAAAUGAAAAUAUAAAUAAUAUUAAAUUUUAAAUAUCUACAUGGUAUAAGAUAUCUCACCUUAAUGCAUGUUUGUAAAGGUUUUUGUACAAAUUAAUAAUAAUUUAUAACCUUGAACAUUUUAUGUAGGUAGGCUAUGUCAAUUUUUGUAACAAUUGUGUACAACAACAUUAAUGCUUUGAAUAUUCUGUACCUGCAAAUAAAAAUGUAUUGUUUUAA